GGCCCCUUCCAUUCCAACCGCAAUCCUCCCAUCCGCCCCUGCCAUUCUUCUUCCCAUUCCCCCCAGAAUUUCCCAGCUUUCUUCGCUCCGCCGCACCGCGCCGACCAAUCUCUCAAUCUGCUUUCGUGACAACAUCAAUCCACACAGAUCGACAUGGAGUACGAAGGCAAGUACAACAAGGAGCAGAAGCUCAAUUGUGACUGCCUCCUCUUCGAUCUUGAUGACACGCUGUAUCCGGUGGCCUCCGGCAUUGGAGCCGACGUUGUGAGGAACAUCCAAGCUUAUAUGAUCGAAAAGCUUGAUGUUGAAGAGAGCAUCAGUUUGGAGCUAUGCGUCCUCCUCUACAAGCAGUAUGGAACUACCAUGGCCGGCUUAAGGGCUGUUGGGUACCAGUUUGAUUAUGACGACUUCCACAGCUAUGUUCAUGGAAGGCUGGCUUAUGAGAAAAUCAAGCCUGAUCCAGUACUUAGGAACAUUCUCCUGAGUUUGCCAGUCCGCAAAAUUGUGUUCACAAAUGGUGACAGAAUUCAUGCUUCAAGGGCCCUCAAGAGGCUAGGAAUAGAGGAUUGCUUUGAAGGAGUUGUGUGCUUUGAGACCUUGAACCCAACAUCCCCUCCUUUGGCACCCGGUCAGGUUGAAAUCUUUGAUAUAAUGAAGCAUCUGGCUCAUCCAGAGCCUGGGGUUGAACUACCAAAGUCACCAAUCCUGUGCAAACCAAAUAUAGAUGCCAUGCUGCAAGCUCUCAAGGUUGCCUCCAUCAAUCCCAAGACAUCGAUAUUGUUUGAUGACAGCGCCAGGAAUAUCCAGGCUGCAAAGCAAAUAGGAAUGCAUACCGUCUUGGUUGGAACUUCUGAAAGAAUAAAAGGUGCUGACCAUGCCUUGGAAAGUCUUCACAACAUGAAGGAAGCAUUGCCUGAGCUGUGGGAGGAGGCUGUGAAGGAUGAGGAUGUCAGGAACUCAAGCAAAGUUGGAAUUGAGACAUCUGUGAUCGCUUAAAACUAUCAUGAAUGCAACCCUUUCAGUUCCUGAUGGAGAACAGCUUGAGAUGAGUGGAUCAUUUUUCAGAGCUCAUUUCUGCGCUUUCUUCUGUCUGAAAGUAGAUGUGCUAAUUAGGACGAGUGUCAUGACCUCCUUAGGAAAUAUGCUACUCCUCUUCAUGUACUAUCCACUGUCCAGUAAUAAAUAAAGAGAUGUUCUAUGAA